UAAAAAGAAAGGUUUUCCUCGACUUCCUCUGUCAGCUUAUUGUUAAUCUGUGAAUCUCACCAUGUCAUUUGUGGAUACUCUACGACAGUGGGACAAAGCAGUAGCUUUGGUAACCAGUGGGGACUUAGCAACCGCACUAAAGGUUUUUCUGGACAUUCAGGAUAAAAACUCAAAAAUCUCAUUUAACAUUGGUUGUCUCCAUUUGAUCAACAAUGACCUAGCCGCUGCUGAGAAGGCAUUUGACUGUAGCAUACGCAAGGAUGAACAUCUCGCCAUUGCCUUCUUUCAAAGAGGAAUAACAUUCUACAAAAAUGGCAGGUUUGAGGAGUCUUUUGCAGAUUUCCAACUUGCCUUUAAGAAGCUAAGGGGGAACCAGCUCAUCGAUUACAAACCUCUUGGUCUUAGAUACAAGUUAUUUGCUUGUGAGGUUCUACACAACAUGGCUCUGACGCAUGCACAUUUGGGCCAGUGGGAGAAAGCUCAAGAAAACCUUGUGAGUGCACUGAAUCUCAGAACAGAAUCCAAGCUCAUCCACAUUGACAAGGCUCUGGAAUGCAUACUGAAGCAGAAGCUUUUUCAGCCUGUUGAAGUUCCUAAGAAUGUUCUCUUCAAACCUAACCAGAACUAUGUUGCUGAGCUGGAAAAGAAGGACUAUCUGGGCAAGGCCAAGGUUGUUUCCUCCAUUGUGUUUGAGGACGAGUUUUCAGGAUUUGCUCCAUUGCAACCACAGUUGGAAGAUGCUCCUGUUGCUCCAAAAGCACCAGAGGUUCUAAGAGCUCUGGAGGGAGUAGCCCACACUGUCCUGUUUGAGUUUGUACCUGAGACAAGUGAUGAGCUAGCUGUGGUACCCGGCAACGUUGUAUUUGUGCUGCAGAAAGGGACUGAUAACUGGGCCUCGGUCAUUUUCAAUGAGAGACGGGGACUAGUUCCCUACAAUUACCUGGAGCGUCUUGAAAGGACCUUAUCACCUAAACAAGACCCGAAUGGUAUUGAAGAUCAAAUCCCAGCACCUCCCAGACGGGAACCACCAAGCAGACCAAAACGAGAACCAGCUUCUUGGGCUCCAGAGAAUCAGACUAUAGAUCACCCAGACUCUGAGGCUGGUGUGUCCCAGGAAGAUGAUGAGUGCACAGUGAAAGUGCACUUCACGUACACAUUCACAGUCAGCGUAGGACGAGGCGCAUCUUACGCCACACUUGUUGAAAAAAUUGCAAGCAAACUGCAACUUCCUGUAAAAUCCAUAACCCUGAGCUAUUCCCCCCAAAAAAGGGCAAUUAAUCAGGACACACGGAUGGAAGAUGUUUGGAGUCAAGUCAAGGAUGGUCAUCUCACCCUAUGGUGCACCCUCCAGGAGGACAUGAAUGAACAUACAUUGCUGGCAGCUGUUCAUUCUUUUGAAUCCUCAAACCCCGAGGAUCUUACUUUCUAUAAAGGGGACACCAUUAUACUUCUUGGUAAAGUCAACGAAGACUGGUUUGAAGGGCAAUGCAAAGGAAAGAUUGGCAUAUUUCCAGCAGCCUUUGUGAAAGAAGCACCUCUGAAAUCAAGUCAAGAUGAGUAAUCAUCUGAACCAUGGUGCCUUCGUCACUGGUGUCUUUCCCAGUUUCUGCUCCAAGCCCUGCCAGCUACGACCCACCAGGAAUGAGGCUGAAAUUGACACAGGCACCAUCAAAUGGAUUUCAAUUUUGGGUCAUUGCACCAUUUUGAGUUAUUUAAGGAACUCUUACUAUAACUUUUUCAGAUUACAAUAAAACAUUUAAUUGCA